UCAUAGUUCAACCUCCCAUCAUGCUGCAUCUUAUCCCCAUCCUAUCGAUCCUCGCCAUUGUUAAAGGACAUGGCUGGAUAGAAAGCCCUAAGGCCAGGAAUGCUGUCGCUGGUCCCGACAAUCACUACUGUCGGCAAUGCGGUAACAGUGGUGGAACUGUUAAUCGCAUCAGGGAGAAGAACGCCCCCUUUCCUGAUAAUCAUGAUGCUGAAGGCACUCACGGCUUGUGUGGUGAUCCCUUCGAAGGGGGAGGUACAAAUCUACCCCCUCCCGCUCAGCAGACAUACAUGCAACAAGGUCCUGUGAAGGCUACUUACACUCAAGGCCAGAAUAUCGUCAUCGAAAUGGACUUGACCGUCCAUCACUGGGGCCACUUCGAGUACCGCAUUUGCGAGGGUGGACUGUCUGGUCAGAAGUACCCGACCCAGAAGGCUGGUCAGGACUGUCUCAAUAAGAAUCUUCUCGUGAGGCCUGACCCCAAGAGCCGUCCCGAAUGCCGUAAUGCUAAGAAUAUCGACGCCAGCAACUACGACUGUCAACCGCUUGACACAGCUCACCCGGAGAGAUGGUACCUGCCUCCACAAAGUUAUGGUCCUAAAUACAAGAUGACUUUCAAGUUGCCGGAUGACCUCACUUGCUCGCUCUGUACUAUGCAGUGGAACUGGAUAACUGGCAACUCUUGUUUGGUGGAUGGGUAUAAGGAGUACUUCGCCAAGUUCAAAGAGGAGUACCCUAACAUGGACAGCUCGUGGGAUCAGUCUAACUCGCCCAAGGACAGUUGCGACCUCGCCAGGGAUGGCGAGCAGUUCUGGAACUGUGCCGAUAUUAAGAUCCAAUAGUCUUUUGGAGGCAUGCGCUUUGCUAGGACACAUCUUCAAAAUGCGAUGGGCCCAUCGCUUAUACCCUCCACAAGAACUACGCAUCUAUCCCCCCCCCGGUCUAUUCAACAUCAUCCUCAUCUCCUUGUCACAACUACGUUAUUUGUUCGUGCCAUCGAUUGCGAUGGCGGCUUGUCCCGUCGUGGAAUUUGGAACCCCAUGUUCAGCACUAUUUUCCCUUGUUACCUCGAUUCGACGAGAGAGCUAUUAUUUCACCGGUGUCCGAUUGCAUCGUGAGAGCGUCACAAGUAUCCCACCUAUUAUCUUGAUGCUACACCAUCAAUCGAUUGAUACUAAACCUUUUUCCAUUUGCUGCCUG